AUGGCUGCACCCUCCCUCAGCUUGGUCUCCUUCACCAAGACCUGGCACAGCGAGCCUUAUCCAUUCAUCUCUCCCACAAGGCCCGAGCUCUCGGCAGCUGGAAAGACCGUCGUGAUUACAGGAGGCGGCUCGGGAAUCGGCAAAGCCAUCGCCGUUGCAUUUGCGCAAGCCGGCGCCAAAUCCAUAGCAAUUGUCGGUCGUCGACUCGACCGCCUCGAAGCCACCGUCGAGGAAAUCAAGGCAGCCGAUGGCUACUCGUCAACAACGCAAGUCCUCUUCGAGACCGCCGACAUCAGGACCCUCGCAUCGAUCUCGGCCGCCCUGCAGAAGAUCGUCGACCACGUCGGACCAAUUGACAUCUUUGCGUCCAACGCCGGCGUGCUCCGCGCACAGGGCUCCGUUGUUGGAUACAGCGAGUCUGAGCUCCGCGCGAUCUUCGAGACGAAUGUCGUCGGCGCCUUUAAUUCGCUGCAGGCGUUCCUUCCGCUCGCGGCUCCGGGCGCCAAAGUCUUCAACACAUCCUCGUGCAUCGCACACUUUGCGCCGCAGGCCAAUCUGCCAGGGAUUUUCAGCUACGCGGCUACAAAGGCCGCGGCGGUAAAGAUGUUCGACUACUUUGCUGCGGAGAACCCGGGGAUCCAUGUUGUUAGCUUCCAGCCUGGGAUUAUUGCCACCGAGGUUAACCCUAACAUCACCUCGGGGCCGGAUAGUGUACAACUACCAGCCCACCUCCUUGUGUGGCUUGCAUCGGAUGAAGCCACGUUUCUCAAGGGCAAGUUUGUCUGGGCGAACUGGGAUGUCCAAGAGCUUAUGGCGAGGGCGGAUGAGAUUCAACAAUCGAUGCUUUUGAGGGUUUCUUUGAAUGGGGUUGAUAUGUAA